UAUUUGAAAAUCAGUCACGCGUAUGUAGCAAUGUCGAAACCAGGUAGCAACGAAACAAGGAAGUUGAAAACUUCAGCUGAAAAAAAAUGGCCGUAGACGGGCGUAAAUUAAGUCAAUCUUUGUAUCAAGGAUCGGAUAUAGAACAUGAGUUUCCGUGUUCUCCUUGUUUUAAAGAAGGAAAGAAUGUAGCUGCUAUUAAACAUUGUGUGGAAUGUGAUGAAAACUUGUGUCAAAAAUGUUUAGGUGAUCACAAUAAGUUUUCAGUAAUGAGAGGACAUCAGUUACUAGACACGGUAAAACAGCUGAGCGGGAAAAAGCAGGGAUUACCAAGUCAGAGAUGUGAGAGACAUGGAGGGAAAUUGAUUGACGUCUACUGUCCUGGUCAUGAUAAGGUUGGCUGCUCAACGUGUAUGACCAUUGAACACAGUGGUUGCAAAGGUAUUAGUUACAUACCAGACAUAGCGUGUAAAACUGAAACCUCCGAGAAACUAAAACUUCUUGAAGCCGAUAUAAGCGCUCUACAGUCUCGUUUCCACGCAUUAAAACAAAACAAACAGAAAGAAGUAGAGAAUGCAAAAAAGGAAAAAAGUCAAUUGAUUAAAGAAAUAAAAUCAGAAAGGAAGAAAAUCAACGACCAUUUGGACAAGAUGGAACAGGAACUUCUUCAGGAAGUGGAUGUGACCUUUCAGACCAAACUGCAACAUAUAGAGUCUAAUAUGAAACAAGUUGAUGAGAGGAUCGCUUCACUACAAGAAAGUCUGAAGAAGAUAAAUGCUGCUAAACAGGAAAACGAAUCUGAGAAAUAUGUACAGAUCAAACUUGUCAACGAGAAGAGGAAAAUUGCACGUGAUAGUUUAGAAGACUUGGAGAGGUCAAGAAAAACAGACGCAAUACGAUUUGAGCCAUACAGACAAGCGACUGAUUCGGAAUGCAACAUCAUUGGGAAUAUACUUCACUUUCCAAUGAUUGAAGUAGACAAAUGUGCUGAAUUUAAUGCGCGACUAAAGGAUGACAAGGAGUCAUGCAUUAUUUUUGGCAUGUGCAUGUGUGACGACGGAUGCAUUGUUAUGACAGAUCAAAACAAUAAAUGUAUAAAGAAAAUGAAUGAUUCCUUCCAGGUCAUUUCUUCCCUGAAAGUCACAGAUAAUCCUUUUGGUAUAUGUCAGAUAGACUCAUCAAUGCUGGCCGUAACUAUGUAUAAUGAUAGGACAGUUCAGUUUAUCUCACAGAAAGAACCAAUGAAGUUACAACACUCCUUUAAAGUCGGCGAUAGAUGUCGGGGUAUUGCAUACAAUGACGGGAUGAUUUAUGUUUGUUGUGGCGGAUACAAGGAUACUGGUGAAGGUGUUGGUCAUCUAGAGGUAUAUACUGUUUCUGGGAAAAUUGUUUUAUCUCAUUAUGAUGAGAUUACCUAUCCUGUAAAUGUUACAAUUUCAAACACUACUAUGGAGGUAUCUGUGAUCGACAAACAUAAAGGUAUUCUAAACAUAAAUGAAAACCUAAACAUGAGGCCCGUAACUGUAGAUAACAAAAUAUUCUUGAAUCCUAAAUAUAUUUGUAAAAUAAACAAAAGUCAGUAUUGUGUUAGUUUUUAUACGACACACAAUUUCCUUUUGAUGUCACAUGAUGGGAAGGAUCAGGUAGAACUCCCAAUACGUGAAGAUGGUUUAAAAAAACCUGUCUGUUUAUGUUUUGAUAACAAAACUUCAAGACUUUUUGUUUCUUGUUGGGAAAGUGACAAAAUCAUGGUUUAUACAUUAAAGAUAAGUGACUGAUUUGUCAUAAACGAGAAAUAAAACAUGUGAAAUAAAAGCCGGUGCUAGGGUGCGUGGACAGUACCCUGCACUUUCCAAUGCUGUCAUGAACAGGCUAAAUCAAACCAAGCCUGCAACAUUUUUCAAUUUUGUCGUUGUUUUUUUUUUUCAUUCUUUAGGGAUUGUGUUUUUCUCUUCUUUUUUGUAUGUGACAUUCGUGACUAUGUAGGUGUUUCCUUUAUGAAGUCCGGAAUUAGGAAGGUGUAUCACUGUGAACAUUAGUUAUCGAUGAAGAAGUGGUGAAAUAUUGUUUUUAUCAUGAAUUAUAUAAAACUCACAUAUUUUGUAAUUAUAUGUCAGCAUCUUAUUUUAAUGCAUAUUAUUUUUUAUAAUUAUUACGAGUGUGUCUCUUUAUUUGUUAAUUAGAUUACUUAAAAUAACACCGCAUAAUAUAAUAUAUUUGCAUGUUAAUAAAGCAGUUGACUGACUCCAUGUUAUAAUUUUAAAAUGUAUUUUCUGACAUCCGUUUAAAGACUUUUUGUUUCGUGUUGGAAAAGUGACAAAAUUAUGAUUUAUACAUUAAAGAUAAGUGACUGAUUUGUCUUAAAACGAGAAAUAAAACUUGUGAAACAAAAGCCGGUGUAAGGGGGCGUGGACUUUGCACUUUCCAAUGCUGUCCAUGAACAUGUUAAAUCAAAACUUUUUCAAUUUUGUCGUUUUGUUUUGGAAUUUUUUAGGGAUUGUGUUUUUCUCUUCAUUUUUGUAUGUGACAUUCGUGACUAUGUGGUUAUUUCCUUUAUGAAAUCUGAAGUACCGUUAACAGAAUAAGGAAGGUGUAUCACUGAAAACGUUUGCAGUCGAUGAAGAAAUGGCAAAAUAUAGUUUUUAUCAUGAAGUAUAUGUAAUUCACAUAUUUUGUACUUAUAUGUCAGCAUCUUAUUUCAAUUCAUAUUGUUUUAAAAUGAUCACGAGUGUGUCUCUUUAUUUGUUAAUCAGAUUACUUUAAAAUAAGACCACAUAAUAUUAUAUAUUUGCAUGUUUAAUAUUGUUAAUAUUGCAAUAGGCUGACUCCAUGUUAUCAUUUUAAAAUGUAUUUUCUGACACCCGUUUAAAGUACAGUUUGCAGGUACAUGUAUAUUAUAAGUUCUAGUACCAAAAAUGUGUAUAGGAAGUAGUAUGACUGUAAUUCCCAUAUUUACAUAAAACUUGUCCGGAAAAGAUAGAACUUUACAAAUACGUAAUUUAUGUUUUUUGUAUGUUUGUGAAUUUUGUUUCAAGAAGUUGCAGUAGUAACAUCUUUCCUGUUUCAAAAUAAUCAUGAGAAGAGAACCUGAACAGUUUGUAAAUUAUUUUACACAGACAUUUAAGAAAAUUUCUAUUGUACUUUGUAUAUCUUCUCAUUUUAGUACAAUAAAACCUGUCUUACAACACAA